CUUUAAAGUGCCCCUUGAAAAAAGAGCGCGCGCGCACGCCGCCCGCCCGCAUCAUCAUUACAACAACAACAAACGAAGAUGGCGUUGUCCUCGCAUAAUUAGGAAUUGAUUUUAACCCCAUUUCUUCAAUUUUUGGCACACAUACAACUUUAGAAAAACCAAAUCAGUAUAAAGGGGGACAAUUCAGAGGAAAGUAACAGACAAAAUAACCAACAAAAUUUGUUAUAACAGGAAGUAAUUCAGGGAAAAAUUGAAAUAACUCGUAAAAAAGUUUCCAUGUAACAAUCUAUUGUUUAAUUAUCAAGACUUAGAUUAGAAAAUUUAUGAAAGAAGAUAGUUUAUUCAAUGCAUUAAACAAAAAAAAUAUCUUCGGCACAUUGGAAAAAGACAAAAGUUUAAAAAGAAAAAAGAGAAAAAUAUCACAACAAGAAUGGCAGCUCCAGACUACGAUGUAAUAAAGGAAAUUCCAGGGUAUAAAGUCAUCUUGAAAGCAGUGCUAAAAAGUCAGAUUCAACAGCUUGUUGAGCAGUUAGCUACAAGCACAGAUGAGGAGUCCGUUAUUCUUACAGCAAGUGUAGCUGAUGGAACUCUAAGUCAUCUUGGGUCCGACUCUGGCAAAGGUUUCCUAGAGGACCAUGAAGACAUUAAGUCACAGUUCCUUGGCUUUUGCCUUAAAAAGCAUCAUCGUAAAAAACAAGAGGAGAAAGAACGUUUAGAGGCUGAAGCCUUGCAACAAAGUUUGCAAGCAAGUCCAGUUCGAUUUGGGGGACCCCGUGGCCCGUAUGGUCCGAGAUCACCGCGGUUCGCUUCACCAAGAGGUCAAGGUCCGAUUCACCCUGUGGCUUUAACACGUGCUUCUCCAGGCCAGCUUAGGCACCAACCAUAUCCAAUGACUAGACCUCCUAAAUUGAAAAGACCACCGCUCAACUUUGAUCCAGGCAGAAGCCCUGUUGGAAUGCCAAGCCAUUCGCCAAUGAGAUCUCCGACAGCUAAUAAACUUGACGGACAGAUAAUCAAAAUAGAACCUGAUGAUUCAAAUGAAGCUUCUAAUCAAAGUGAAAAUGAAACUGGAAAUCAAGACAAUAGUGAUAAUGCUAGUCAAUCCCCAUCUCAUGCUGCAAAUGCUCCAUCUAGUGUGAAGUCUGAAUCUGGCGAGAAAGACGAUGACGCCAGAUCAGAAUCUUCAAACUCCACCAUUCCAAAUGAACCUCCAGCAGAAGGACUUAGUUUAGACUCAGACUUGUCAAAUUUGAUCUCAGGAAAUAAUCAGGAGCAAAGUUCAGAGACAACUAGUGAAAUGGACCCAAAUGUUAGUGUUAAAUUAGAAGCUUUAACUGAAAAUGAGAUGGACUUAGAAAUAACGGGUGUAGAGCCCGGUAGACCUAUGGUGCCCCAGGAUAACUGGGACCCAAAUGUUUCCAUGGGUAUGAACUAUGAUCCAACUGGUGCUACUGGAAACCAAGGUGAUAUGUCAGCUCAAGGAUACAAUGCUCAUUGCUCUUCAGAAACCUACAGCAGAAAAAAUUAUGACAAUUUCAGUGAAGAGAAUUCUUUCACAGAGGAAAGAGGGCAUGGAGAAGAGUUACCUCACGCUUCUACAUAUACUGUGUUGAAAGAAGGAGAUUGUAGUGUAUUUCGAUGUGCAUUUAAAAACUGCAACAAAGUGUUCAAAUAUAAAAGAAGCCAUUAUCGACAUUAUAAAAUUCACACAAGAGAAAAACCAAUUGUGUGUGGCAUGUGCUAUAGACAUUUCCGUCGGGCAGACUAUCUUACAAAUCACAUGUUUCAACAACAUGGUAUCAUUAAAUUAAAGUAGAGCUUUGAACCUGUGCUGUAAUAAGUUUGAGAAUUUGAUUAAGAUCACUUUCUCCUAUAACUUUGUUCCUUGCCUCUACUUCCAAAGGCUAGGGGUUUUAUUGCCUCUAGCUAGCUAGCUGCUACCUUCAAAGGCCAGGUGUUUUAACAUGAUACCUUGCCCCUACCUUCAAAGGCCAGAGAUUUUAACUUUAUUCCUUGCUCCUACUUUCACCUGCCCCUACUUUCAAAGGCCUGGGGGUUGUGAACUUUGUUCCUUGCAUCUACCUUCAAAGGCCUCGGGGUUGUGAAAUUUGUUCCUUGCAUAGAUUUACCUUCAAAGGCCAUGGGUUUUAACUUUAUUCCUUGCCCCUACCUUCAAAGGCCAGGGGCUUUAACUUUGUUCCUUGUCUUGAUUAAUUAUAGACCUUUUUUUGAAUUGAGAAAAUUAUUUUGGUCAAUCAAUCUUUAAAGCAAAUGAACUUGAAAUUAUUCUCUUGAAACUUUAAUCUAGUCACUUCAUAAGGUCCGUAACUCUGACAUGAACUUUGACCCUUUCAGAACAUAGAACAUUCUUUUCAAGACAUAUAACUAAGUAAUGUUUUUACAUUAUCCAAGCUCUUUUAUUACUAUCAGGCACUGAGAAAAAGUUGAGUGUUCAUUCCAUAUGACAGCUCUUGUUAUAACAAUCCAUUGGUAUUUCUGAAAUAUUAUUGUAAGUUUUUGAAUUUUGAAAUUUUGUUCUAUUUUAAGUGUUUUAAGGCCCUUUGCUGGUAGGGCAGUUUUUUGCUUAGGAAAUAGUCUUACUCGAUUUUUUA